GGGCCUUCGUCCAUUCUCUUCUUCGUUGUCUUCUUCUUCUUCACUUUACCAAUUCGUUGUGAUCAGUCACUGCACUAGUAGUAGACGCCCAUGGCGAUCCCGCCGGCUCAGGCUCACCUCCUCUGCCUCCUCAUCCUCGUCGCACUCGCACUUCCCUCCCACCCACACGCCUUGCCGUCCUCAUCCCCGUUCGACGCCGCGCUCGCCACGCUCCAGAGCCAGAUCGCCUACAACUUCCGCGCCCCGGACCUCCUCCGCCGCGCCAUGACGCACGCCUCCUACUCCCGCGAGAACGGCCGGGCCCUCGCCGUCCUCGGCCUCUCCGCCUCCCAGUCCGCCGCCGCGCUCCGCGCCCUCGCCGCCGACCACGACGCCUCCGCCUCCGCCGUCUCCCGCCGCGCCCGCGAUGCGUCCGGGGAGGCCGCCUGCGCCGCCGCCGCGGCCCGCAUCGGCAUCCCCUCGAUCGUGCGCGUCGCCUCCGGGACCAAGGCGACGGCGGCACCCGUCGUCUGCGGCGCCCUCCGCGCGCUCUUCGGCGCCGUCGCCGUGGACGCCAACAGCACCCACGCCGCCGAGGAGGUGUUCUGGAAGCUGCACGUCCUCACCACCGCUGAAUUAGCCAAAGCCGCAACAAUGUGAUUCACAAAUCACACUCAUCGUUAGUAGGAGUACCAAGUAUCAUCGAUCAAUCUUACUAUUACUAGUGUAGUUAGUACCAGUAUCAACUAUCGUAUCAUCGACAAGCCAGGAGGUGUUCUUCUGCCUGCGGCUGUAUCAACGUAGUAUCAAGUACUAGUAUGAACUUAAGUACCAGUUGCUGCUAAUUUCCAGUUCGAAGUGCUAUGAAAUUAUGUGUCUUGACA